CAUUUAAUCGUGCACUACCUGAAUUCCUUCAAAGUGAAGAAAUUCAAAAGCUAUUUUUCCUCUCAAGCAUUUAGAACAAGAAGUGUGGAGUUUUAAAAUGUCGUCAAAAUUUAUUUUGCUCCUCAGUCUACUCACUGUCUUAUUAUUCAUACAAUUAAGUUAUUCCGCAAAUAUAUUUUCGAAGGCAAAACUCCAUUCAAAGUGCAAGAAAGUGAAACCCACAAAAAAGCUUGACAUGGACUUUGUACGUUAUUCUAUAACGUUAAUGAACGGCAAUAUUUUAAUUUAAAUGUCUAAUUAUUGAUUUCUUUGUGUUUAACAGUCGCUGGAACUUUUCGUCGGUAAGACGUUCUACUUGACCAUGGGGAGCAGAUCAGCAUUUGAGGAUUUGACUGAACUAUUGAGCGGAACAAGGGCUUCAGAAUCAUCUGAAAUUGACAAAAUGUGCGCAGAGGUGACCACGAAGGGGUUCAAGUCUUCAAUUGAAGGCUACAAUGGAAACUAUUUGGUCGUUGAUUGUGCCAUAAUUCUCGAUAACAAAGGAGUUCAAGAUUGUACUGCAAACCCGAGAACAGAAUUCCCUGAUCGACAUAAAUCCGUCAGUGGAAUUCAAACGUUAGCAUGGACGGAUAAUAAAGAAAACCUCGUCGUUGUGAGGUGCAGCCACAAGGGAGACAAAAAUGAUUGGGUUUUGUACAGUUUCAACACGAGCAUAUCGGAUGAAAUUAAGAAAACGGUGGAACAUCAAGUAUCGCGCAUGGGGUUUCGCCCAUCGGAGUACCCAAUUCAUUACAGUGACUACAGCAAUUGUAAUCUUACUAAAGGCGAUGAUUGAAACCUAAAUAUUUCAUAAGAAAGCCAUAACUAUGAGCCCGUUAAAUUAUGCAAUUAUAAUAUUCCACAUUCUGUACUUGUAAUAAUAUCAUUAGUCUAACAAUAAUUACUAAACGUAUUGUUUGAUGUGCUUGCAACAGUGUUUUGAAGUAAGGUUCUUGAAUUAAAGCAGACUAAAUAAAUAUUUUGAGACCAUGCCGA